CGCUUCUCUGUUUACCAUCAGCCGCGAAAUGCGAACUUCCUAUUUCUGCUAUGCUCAUCUUACUGCAUUCAUUUAACCGUAACACACACACAUACGCACAUUUCCAUAACAUUUUAAGGCAAUAUGAACACAGAGCAGUCCGCUGGUGCAAACAAUUGUCCGGUUUCGACUCCGGAGGGGAAGGACGUGAGGAAAGGAGCCGUGAAAAGAACUCCUUUUUCAAAGUUUAAGAAAGUACACUCCAACUUUAAAUCACCUCUUCAAGUAUGUGAGAGUGCUAAAGUUAGCCCUGCAGAGGAGGUGGCAGAGCUCGUGAGGAGAAGAGAGCAGCUGGACAUCGAGAUAACGCAGCUGGAAGCUGAGGGGUACAGAGUGGACGAGCUGGAGCAUCAUAUUGAUAUGCUGCACGAAUAUAAUGAUAUCAAGGACAUUGGACAGUCACUCCUUGGUCGUAUUGCUGCUCUGAGGGGGACCACCACACGAGAUCUCUACAGCCAAUUUGGUCUGGAACUUGAUGACUGAAGGAAAAAAAA